GGGCGGAAUGAAUAAAUAAAUAAAUAAAUAAAUAAAUAAGCCCUCCCCCAGCUUCACUUAGCGCGUCUCCUUUAAGGGCAAGCAGCAGCCAGCUUCCCCGAGACCUUCUGUGUCUUCUGCGUGUGUGGAUUUAAUGCCGGCCCGGCUGAGGGAAAUUCACUUCCAGGUCGAGGGUGACAGCUAAGCUGGGGGGGCCCCGGCUCGCUUCUCCACGGUGGUCGGGGCCCGCCCCACAAUAGCACAAACAGGAGGCGAGGAGGACGCGGCUGAGGGGGUCUCUGGCGCAGAAAUGGAAGAGGCUUCACCAUACUCUCUGCUUGACAUCUGCUUAAACUACCUAACCUCUGACCUUGAGAAGUUCUGUACAGAAAGGCACGAUGGGACAUUAUGUUUGCAAGAGCCUGGAAUAUUUCCACAAGAAGUGGCUGACCGAUUGCUGCGGACAAUGGCAUUCCACGGACUGCUUAAUGAUGCAACAGUGGGGAUUUUUCGAGGCAAUCAGAUGCGUUUGAAAAGAGCCUGUAUCCGUAAAGCAAAAAUUUCUGCGGUAGCUUUUUGGAAAGCAUUCUGCCACCACAAGCUGGUGGAGCUUGAUGCUACUGGUGUGAACGCAGACAUCACAAUCACAGAUAUCAUCAGUGGACUUGGCAGCAAUAAAUGGAUUCAGCAAAACCUGCAAUGCCUUGUGCUGAACUCAUUAACUCUUUCCCUGGAAGAUCCCUAUGAAAGGUGCUUCAGUCAGCUGACUGGCCUUCGUGCGUUGAGCAUCACCAAUGUUCUGUUUUACAAUGAAGAUCUUGCUGACGUGGCUUCGCUUCCAAGACUAGAAAGCCUGGAUAUCUCCAACACCUCCGUCACCGACAUAACCGCCAUCCUCACCUGUAAGGAUCGCCUCAAAUCGCUUACCAUGCACCACCUGAAAUGCUUGAAAAUGACAACCACUCAGAUUUUGGAUGUAAUACGAGAGUUAAAAUUCCUGAAUCACCUUGAUAUUUCAGAUGAUAAGCAGUUCACAUCUGAUAUUGCACUUCGUUUGUUAGAACAGAAAGACAUCUUGCCUAAUCUGGUAUCUUUGGACAUCUCGGGGAGGAAGCAUGUCACUGAUGAAGCUGUGGAAACAUUUGUAAAACAACGGCCGUUAAUGCAGUUUGUUGGGCUGCUUGCUACUGAUGCUGGCUAUUCAUUAUUUCUCACAGGAGAAGGGAAUUUGAAGCUGCAAAAGAACUGUCUUUUAUCAUUGUGCAGCGAUAGGAUACUUCAGGAUGUCCCAUUUAACAGGUUUGAAGCAGCUAAACUUGUCAUGCAAUGGCUAUGUAAUCAUGAAGAUCAAAACAUGCAGAGGAUGGCAGUGGCUAUUAUUUCCAUUCUUGCUGCAAAGCUUUCAACAGAACAAACAGCUCAGCUUGGGGCAGAGCUCUUCAUUGUCAGGCAACUUCUUCAAAUUGUGAAGCAGAAAACAAAUCAGAACGUAGUGGACACUACACUUAAGUUUACACUGAGUGCACUUUGGAAUCUCACUGAUGAGUCUCCAACCACGUGUCGGCACUUUAUUGAAAAUCAAGGGCUGGAACUCUUCAUGAAAGUUUUGGAGUCUUUUCCUUCAGAGUCUUCUAUCCAGCAGAAAGUUCUUGGUCUUUUGAACAAUAUUGCAGAGGUUAAAGAACUCCAUUCUGAGCUAAUGUGGGAAGACUUCAUAGACCAUAUCAGCAAGUUGUUGCACAGUGUUGAGGUGGAAGUCAGUUACUUUGCAGCUGGAAUUAUUGCUCAUUUAAUAUCCCGAGGAGAACAAGCUUGGACAUUAAGUCGCAACCAGAGAGCCUCACUCCUUGAUGAACUGCAUUCUGCCAUUUUGAAUUGGCCUACACCAGAAUGUGAAAUGGUGGCAUACAGGUCAUUCAACCCUUUUUUCCCCUUGCUCGGUUGCUUCAUGACUCCUGGGGUGCAGCUCUGGGCUGUAUGGGCUAUGCAACAUGUUUGCAGCAAAAAUUCUGCCAGGUACUGCAGUAUGUUAAUUGAAGAAGGUGGAUUGCAUCAUUUGUUUAACAUCAAAGAAAACAGCCAGACUGAUGCAGAUGUUCAGCGAAUUGCUGUCUCUAUCUUAGAUAGUUUAGAAAAACAUAUUUUGCGACAUGGACGGCCACCUCCUUAUUGAAAAAACAAAUUGAAAAUAAGCCAAAUUGAAUGAAAAUAUGUAACAGGGAAUAGGCGUGCAAAUUAUCCUCUCAUAAUCCCUUACUGAAAUGUCCCUGAUUGGAAUAAUGUUGAUAAAAGUGGUCACCAUUAAUUUUUUGUCAGCUGGUAUGGAAGCAGGGGUGGUACAUGUUAUCUUUAACAGACUUCGGCAUUAAGGGAUUGUCAAGAGGAUUUGGGAAAAAGUCCUAACUGGUAAUAUCUACUGGUAUCACCUCUGGUUGUGGAAAAGUAGAAAUUGUGCCAUUCAAAUGGACAUUCAAAAUUAAACCUGUAGACUGUGUGAGUUCAUCAGAAAAUUGUUUCUGCUUGCUUCAUCCCUUCAAAAUAGUUGUGUUUCAAUAGAACUAUCCACUGAUUCAGUAUUUGAAAAAAAACUGUUUGUGCUUGUAAUGUCAGCACUAUACAGCUCAAAACACUGUCAUAUAUUCACACAUUAGAACCCAACAGGUUAUGAGUAAGGUGACCAGGGAUGUUUGCUCUUCUGUGGACCCUUUAAACGCAUGGAUUCUUCAGUUCCUAGUAGUAUUUCAUAUAAGCUCUUUAGCAGAAACAUCUGAGUUUCAAACCACAGGGUGUCUUUUUUCCCCUCUUCAGUAAUAUAUUUUAUAGGGUGGCUCAGUGGCUAAGAGACUGAGUUUGUCGAUCAG